ACAGGUCACAGGCUGUGAACAAAUGCGCGAAACAGUACAGUACUCUCGCCUUAUGGUAUACUGCAUAUAAAGACCAAUAGACUGCCUAUGUAGUCUCUAGAAGUGGCACACCACUGUCUCCAGUAUUGUCUCUAUGAUGCUAGGAUUUUGCAUUCUUCUUGCUAGCUUCCUGCCGGCACUGGCUUUUGCCAUACCGGUGGCCCCCACCGUCGAGCCGGAAGUCUCCGGGUGCAUUCUCGUUGACUUGGGUGAUUUUGUGAUAAAGGACGAUGGAACCAAGUUGGAACACUUCACGAUGGAUAGAGGCGUCGGUCGAAGUCCUAUAUUAACAGUGAUGCGGGUAGCUUUUGUCAAUCGGAUUGAGAACCAUGUAUGCCUAUUACAGGAGACCGAACGAUUAGGGAUGGAUGUACUGGGACUCUGCGUGUGAUCAUGCCAAAUAGCCAAACUAAGGGCUUCCC